AUGCCGUCCUCUUGGGCUGAUUCCGUCUCGCACGCCGACAAUUCGGCGUCCGCCGUCCCCCGUAGCUCCUACGUCCCUCCCCACCUCCGCAGCCGCCCGCCGCCGUCCUCCGCCGCCCCCGCCGCCGACACAUUCCCCAAAGCCCUGCUGCCGUCCCCCCUCACCACCACCACCGCCAGCAGCGGUCGCCGUGCCGGCGGCAGUGCCGGCUGGGAGCGCAGGGACCGCGAGCCGAACCCCUUCGCCGCCGACGAGGAGGAGGAGGAGGAGGCGGCGGCUGCGGCAUUCGACGGGCGAGAGAACACCGGCAUCAAUUUCGACGCCUACGACGACAUCCCCGUCGAGACGAGCGGCGACGGCGUGCCGCCGCCCGUCGGCGCCUUCGCCGAGAUCGACCUCGGCGACGCGCUGAACGCGAACAUCCGGCGGUGCAAGUACGCCAAGCCGACCCCCGUGCAGCGCCACGCCAUCCCCAUCUCCCUCGCCGGCCGCGACCUCAUGGCCUGCGCGCAGACCGGCUCCGGGAAGACUGCCGCCUUCUGCUUCCCCAUCAUCAGCGGCGUCAUGCGUUGCUGCCCUCCGCAGCAGCAGCAGCAGCGGCCGAGGGGCGGCAGCAGGGCGGCGUAUCCGCUCGCGCUGAUUCUGUCCCCGACGAGGGAGCUCUCGGUGCAGAUACACGAGGAAGCGAGGAAGUUCGCGUAUCAAACAGGCGUCCGAGUGGUCGUCGCGUACGGAGGAGCACCGAUCAAUCAGCAGUUGCGGGAGCUGGAAAGGGGUGUCGAAAUCCUCGUGGCAACUCCUGGUCGUCUGGUGGAUUUGCUGGAGCGUGCCAGGGUUUCAUUACAGAUGAUUAAAUAUCUAGCUCUUGAUGAAGCUGAUAGAAUGCUUGACAUGGGUUUUGAGCCACAGAUCCGUAGAAUUGUUGAGCAAAUGGACAUGCCUCCACGAGGUGUAAGGCAAACCAUGCUGUUCAGUGCCACAUUUCCAAAAGAGAUCCAGAGAUUAGCUUCUGAUUUCCUUUCCAAUUACAUCUUUCUUGCCGUUGGAAGGGUUGGCUCUAGCACUGAUUUGAUCGUCCAGAGAGUUGAGUUUGUCCAGGAAGCGGACAAACGAAGCCAUCUUAUGGACCUUCUCCAUGCCCAGAUAGCUAAUGGUGCUUCUGGAAAGCAAGCUCUGACCUUGGUCUUUGUGGAGACGAAAAGAGGAGCUGAUUCACUGGAGCACUGGUUGUGCAUGACUGGCUUUCCUGCAACUACAAUUCAUGGGGAUAGAACCCAGCAGGAACGAGAAUAUGCUUUAAGAUCAUUCAAGAGUGGAUCGACUCCAAUCCUAGUUGCAACCGACGUCGCUGCACGUGGGCUCGACAUCCCUCAUGUGGCGCACGUAGUGAAUUUCGACCUGCCCAACGACAUCGAUGACUACGUCCACCGCAUCGGUAGGACGGGGAGGGCCGGUAAGACUGGACUGGCGACCGCCUUCUUCAACGAAAGCAACUUGAACCUGGCAAGGCCGCUCGCCGAACUUAUGCAAGAGGCGAACCAGGAGGUGCCCUCGUGGCUCUCACGCUAUGCUUCUCGUUCUUCUUAUGGUGGUGGCAGUAGGAACCGCCGAUCGGGUGGCGGGCCCCGCUUUGGCGGCAGGGACUUUAGGAAAGAUUCCUCCUUUGGCAAGGGAGGGGGAGGCGGUGGCGAUUACUAUGGUGGUGGAGGAUAUGGAGGCGGGGGAUAUGGGCAGUCUUCGGCAUAUGGUGGGGGCAGCGGCGGUGGCUAUGGUGGUCAAGGGAUCACCAGCGCAUGGGACUGAUGAUCACCCCCAUCGUCUCGAAAUUUAAAAAGAACUUGAAAUCUAUUUCCCCCUUUUCGAUGAAUCAUAAUUUUGGUAGGGCUGUAGGCAUAGGAUUUAGACUAAUUGGGUAACUGUUCUUCCUUUUUCUCCUUGUUCUUUCCCCUUCGACAAUCUCUCUUCUUAUUUGUUCUCACUUCUCAAUUGCCGGGAAUUCUCCGGCGAUAGUGGUCAACUAGCUCGGUAGGUUUUCGUCUGUUCUAUCUUCGUUUCCUUUGCCUUUUAAUCUUCUAAUCGAGCCUAACUUUUGUAGGGAGGGUUGUAGAAUAUGUUACCAAAUGCCUGGUGGGGUUUCAUGCCCCCCUCUUUUCGAUUUCUCCAAGUGUGUACUUUACAACCCUAAUUUAGCGGUAGGGGUUAAAUCAUCCUAAGUCAUAUCUUAUGUUUCCAUUUUUGGUUUCUUGUUGUAUAUUUCGGGAGAUUUGACUGUUAUAAAUGUAGGGGAAAAAGGAAGGGGGAAAAAAAACUAGUAGUUUUAAGCCGUAGUCGCCGUAACGAGUCUCAUUUGCAGGUGGUAGUGCUAGUUCUCAUUUGUGUUGCGGCAGGAUGUAGCAAUAUUUGUGUUUCUAUCAUGUAAUCUUUUCCCUAAAUGCUGAACCAUGUUGAUUUACAUUGUAAUUGGUACAGUGGAGAAAAUCAGUUCUGUAGUUCAUUCCUUGUUUGAUCCAUUUAUUUUUGUUUGUCUCUA